UGCAGUUUGAUAAAAACAACUUUACAAGAACUCAUGUGUGACUGACAUCAGGCACGGGUGUUGGAGGUGAGGAGGGUCUGGAUUAAACCUCUCUGUACUUUAGUAAUCCAACAACAGAUGGCAGCAGAGGGCCUCUGAGGACAACAGUCUGUUUUUAGAGGCGUUUGUGUUGUGUGUGGGUUACCACAAAAACAAUAGACUAUUGCAUGUUGUACAUCAACAUGAUGAAUGGAAGCAUGCUGACUGAUCGUCGGUUUCCUUAAAAACCGACACUAUUUUUAAUCCAGGCGGAUUACAGUGCCAGUAAUGUGGUGUGAUUCUUGCAUUGGAGCGGUUUUUUGGGGAUUUUGUAAUGAUGCUAUGGCCCUGCCCUUUAAGUAAUGGAUACAUCACACCGUACGCGCUCCCAGCUGCCAUGAAUUAAUGUGGGUUUCUUCAGAUUGUGCGCCGUGUGGAAACAUCUAGAGCAUCUAAACAGCAUUGGCGAGUGGCUGGAUGCAUGAUUUUUUUGUUCACUUCUUGCUUUUUUGUGGCGAAAAUAAACAAUGGAUAAAGAAAGUUGAUGCAUUCACUUGUCCGGUUUCCAUAUUAUUUUGGGAAUCCGUCGGUAGAUAAACCAGACAUAUGAUUUUGGAGCAUUUAAUGGACCUGUCUAACCCCUCGUUUGGAGAGUAAAGUGCAGCUUGCAAGAAAAUGAGAAGUGUCGGCGGUGGGAGGAUAUCAGUUAAUGUUUACUUCAGGUCAUUUCAGGACUGCUGAGAUAGGUCAUGUUGGUAGACUGCACCUCGACUGACCACGAAAGCACGUGGGAAUAUAUGUACCUUGUUUACCUCCUGAACUCUGCACCGCAUCACUGAUUUAUUGUCUGCUGGGUAUUUAUAGCCAGCUCACCACCUCCUCCUUUUCAUCCAGCUGGAGAAGAGCCAGUCUCCAAAUUGGACUAUAUUUCCCCAAAAUGAAUUUCGACCAGAUUCUCUCUGCCAUCGGAGGGUUCGGCAAAUACCAGAAAAUUUUAUACAUAUGGAUUUGUUUACCCCAGGUCCUCCUCGCCUUCCACAUGAUGGUGAGCAUCUUUACAGGAGCCACGCCGCCGCACCGCUGCCGGGAGAGCUCGAGCUCAGCAGCCGGGAAUCAGUCCUCCUCCCCCGGUACACUCAACCUGAACUUCAGCCUGUCGGACUCUUCUUGCUUCUCCUCGGAUGUCCUCCUGCAGGGUAACCGCACGGAGCGCGUCCCAUGCGGCCACGGAUGGGUGUACAGCAAGGAGACUUUCCAGAGUACCACAGUCACCGAGUGGGACCUGGUGUGCGACAAAGCGGGACUGAACAGUAUCGGUUCAUCUAUCUACAUGUUUGGCCUGUUGGUGGGAUCUCUGGUGUUUGGAGCCAUGGCUGACAGGUAUGGCCGGCGUUUUGUGCUGCUGCUGUCCAUCGCUCUGCAGACUGUGUUUGGAGUCGCUGUGGCCUUUGCACCCAGUUUUCCCGUCUACGUGACUCUUCGUUUUGUAGUUGGUGCCACAAUAUCUGGAGUCAUCAUCAAUGCCUUUGUGCUGGGCACUGAGUGGACGUGCACCAAAAGACGCAUGCUGGCUGGUAUCAUCACCGACUACGCCUUUGGCCUGGGAUACAUGCUGCUGGCAGGCAUAGCUUAUCUGAUACGAGACUGGAGAAAGUUACAACUGGCUAUAUCAGUACCAGGAUUCCUGCUUAUCUUCUAUAUAUGGGUGGUUCCUCAGUCUGCCAGGUGGUUGUUGGCCAACGACAGGAGGGAGGAAGCCAUUGCACUCCUCCGCAAGGCAGCACUUGUUAACGGCCGGGUCUUACCUCCCGCUGUACAGGUUGAGAAGUGUGAUAUCUUUCGUGGGGGGAAGCAAAGUCACUCAGCAGUGGAUCUUGUACGAACACCUCAGAUGAGGAAGAGGGCCAUCAUCUUGUUCUACCUCUGGUUCGUGAAUGUGCUGGUGUAUUACGGCCUCUCACUGGGUGUGUCCAGGUUAGGGACAAACCUCUAUCUGACUCAGUUUGUGUUCGGGUUGGUGGAGAUCCCGGCUCGCUCUGUGGUCCUCCUCGUGCUGCCCUGCAGUCGACGCUUUUCCCAAAGUGGCUUUCUUGCUCUUGGAGGACUCGCCUGUUUGCUAAUGCUUGCUGUCCCUGCAGAUCAUCCCAGCACCCUGAGUGGGCUCGCCAUGGUCGGGAAGUUUGGUAUAACAGCAUCCUUUGCUGUAAUCUAUGUGUACACUGCUGAGAUAUUCCCCACUGUGCUACGGCAAACAGGAAUAGGUGUAUCUAGUAUGUUUGCGAGGCUGGGCGGUGUGUUGGCCCCCAUUAUCAACAUGCUUCAUAACCACAGCCCCACUAUACCACUGGUCAUCUUUGGUACCUCCCCGCUGCUGGGCGCUGUCCUGGCCCUGGCACUGCCUGAAACUGCCGACAGACCUCUUCCUGACACAGUGGACGACGUAGAGAACUGGGACAUGAGAUCACCUCCUGACAAGGAGAACCCUGAGAAGUGCGAGGAUAUUAGCGGAUCAGCCAGCAGCACAGAGGAACAGGAGCUACGCCACCUAGCAAGCCAGAGCUAACCACAUGUACACAUGGAUGCAGACAUUCCAUUAUUCACACGUUAUACAGCCUCGACAUAACAUCUUCUAUGCAAUUACAUGUCAAAGAUCUGACCAUGAGCUCUAUGCAAAAAAACCCCCUAAAAACAACAUAUAUCCCCAACCACACUAGCAUGCGUGUGCGCAUGCACACAUGCACAAAGCAGGCAUUCAUAUAUGCUGCCAGGGCAAAUCAACAGCCCUCUGUUUUACCAGAUGCAGGUAAACAUCCGUAUAAGUCAGGAAUAAAUGGUCGUCGUUUGCAACCAUGUGUA